GGAACAAAAAAUAACCGAAUGUCUGAAGUCCCCUCUGAUUGGUUCGUGACACCUCAAGACAGAACCACAGAACUCUAGCAGUUAGCGUGGUUGUAUCUUGCUGCUUUCUGUUUAUAUUAAUGUGAGUGCUGCUAUUAAUUUAUUGGGAUUUAUUACGUGAGUCAACGAAAUGAAUAUAUUGAAUCGAUACCCGCAAUUCGCUCGUCUGAGUGCUCUUUGUCAUAAGAAUGUAUCUCGCUUUUCUACAGAAAAAACUGACAGUCCACCGAUACCUGUGAAUCCUCUGAAGGAUGUGUACAGUGCCAAUGAUCAAACUGGAACCGGAGUAAUAUAUGACAAAAAACCGUUCAGAAUACUUCUUAAAACUGGCAAGAAUUACUCAUGGUGCCUAUGUGGACGGAGCAAAAAUCAGCCGUUCUGCGAUGGCACACAUAGAGACAUUUUCCUUAAGAUAAAGCUGAGGCCCAUACGUUUCACUGUUACGGAGACUAAGCACUAUUGGUUGUGCAAUUGCAAACAAACAUUGAACCGACCUUUCUGCGACGGAACGCACAAAAGGCAGGAUAUACAGGAAAAGAGAAUAUAGAUGACAUAAAACUGUAUUGUUGAUAUAACAAUGAAUUUUUUAAGUAAAUAUUACUUUUUCGGUCGUGUGCCGUGCCUCUAUAGAUAUCUGGAAUGGUGUACAUAAUAUACAUAUUAAUAAAAAUACUUUUAGCACAUAUUAC